GCACCCCCGCGGCGCCCACUCACCGGCCAUCUUGAAUUCCGUUCACUCAGGCUCGCGACUCGCGCCCGCCGCACGUUCAAGCAACGAACGCUCAAACUUUACUAAUUUUAGUGUAUUUAAGUGUUCAUAAGUGUCAUGUGAUAGUGUAGUGUUUGAAAUGGAGUCCACUCCGAUCUGCCGGUGCCGUGUUUUGUACCUUGGCUCAGCGGUGCCGCAGCAGAGUAAGGAUGGCUUGCAAGGCAUCCAGGAACCUUUACGCGAAUUGUAUCCGGAAAAGGGAGCGACAACCGGCGGCAUAGACUCGUGGCUCUCAGUGUGGUCAAAUGGAAUUUUGCUAGAGAAUGUCGACGAGAGCGGCUCAAGAGUGUCGCGAUUUUUCCCGAUAUCGAGCCUUCAUUAUUGCGCAGCCGUGAGACGUGUCAGUGUUGAGGGUGCGCCGAGAUUUUUACCUUUAGACUCUCCGUUCGCUAGAGCGCCAGCGGCAAGGCGACCUCCUUUAUUCGCAGCUGUUUUGCGCCGCACUCAAGGAAUCAAAGUUCUCGAAUGUCACGCCUUUAUAUGCAGGCGUGAGGCGGCAGCCAAUGCUCUAGUACGUUGUUGUUUUCACGCAUAUGCAGAUAGUUCAUAUGCUAAGCGCUUAGAAGCAGAGCGAUCACCUUCACAACUCCCAGAGCCGGACGAAGAGGUUGAGGUUUAUGACGGGGAUGAAAAUCAUAAAGUUUGGAUCGGAGAAGUUGAGAGAGAUGACGCGAGCGAUGAGAUUCCGCAUCCGGCUCGUGCACCUCGACCUCGGCAGAUAACCCGGCCCGCCUCUGUGCCACCUCCGCCCCCGCCGCCUGAAGAGCCUAAGAAAAAGGGAACGACCAAAAAAUCAAAAAAGAAAUCAUCUGCUUCGGCAGAUGAAUUAUACGGGACUAUGCCAGGUCCGGCGCCCAUGAUGAAUGGUAGAUCUUUAGGGCGAGCCCCUCCAGCUUGGGCAGCAGCUCAUCCUAUGGUGUUGGUUGCACAUCCUGCUGCAACUUUACCACAUGCGCGUCCAGCUACUCUUGGUCACAGAGGUCGUGUCCCGGCUGCUUUAGCUCCAGGUCCCUAUGGCCCAGUUCCGCCUCCGGGAAGAGGCAGAAUUCAAUACGCGACCGUCGACCCAAGACGCUCGAAACCGCAGCCGCCUGCUCUCAAAGCUGCUCAAAGUAUGACGACUUUGGAAGCUGUUGAAGACGCUGGCGGAAUAUAUAGAAAAAAAGGUCAUAUGAACGAGCGUGCUUUUUCCUACAGUAUAAGACAAGAGCACAGAAGUCGAUCACAUGGAUCUCUAGCAAACCUUAAAUUCGCUGCUCCACCAGAGGUGGAGACAGGUCGUGAAGAGUUAAAAAAGGAGCGAGAGAUCAUGCAGUUGGUGGCUGGGCUACAAUUAAACUCAGACGAGAUCGAAAGACGUGAAAUACCACCACAUAUGAUGAGAGGGCGACAUGCGCCAAGAUAACAUCGCGCCAACGCCGGCAGUGCCAUCUUAACAAAUCGUUUUGUCCCGACGAACAGGCGAAUCAUUGUUCGACAGUACAUAAACAACACACACAUGCGAUUUUAAAUAUUGUAACUAACAAGUUAUUGGAAAAUGUUAGUCAUACGAGGUUAAUGGAUAAAGAAUUUAGUCUUGCACGAGUCAAAACUGCAUCUAAAUAAUAUAAUACACAAAAUUCGAUGCUUUUUGUACCGCUGCGUUCAUAUUAUUGAUUUUUAUACAUGUAUUUUUCGAAACAGGCGCAUAUUACUUAUGUACCUUUGUUGAAAGUCCGGUAUAAAAUAUGUGUUUUCUCAUCUGUUUGUGUUAAUACCAACAAUAUAUACAUAGCUAGAAGGUCAUUAAGUUAAAUAUAUGUGGAUUUCAUGUAUAAUACAAUGUCAUAAAAUACAAGUUUGGAUAGCUUUAUUAUCCAAUAUUGUUUCACUUCUGUUAACGAGUGUAAAAUUAAAUAGUGCCAAGAUCUAUCUGAACAUAAUUAAAUUUUUCCACUGUAUUAUACAUAAUAAAAACCUAUACCUGGAUCUGAGUAGUAUAAAAUUAAAAAAUACCUAAUGUUGCAAUGUCAAAAAUUGGUGCGUUAAAAAUAUUUAAGUCUAAAAAUUGAAAAUCGGUGAAAAAAUUACUUAUUCUUAUGUUGGUACAUUUAGAAAGUGCCAAACGGUACUUCGCAUUGCGAGAGACCCUUUGUGUUAUGGUUAUGACUCAUAAACCUAUGUAUUGAUUGCUUUGUAAACACCUUUGUUCACGUAGAAAUCUAGAAUUUUCAAAAUAAUAGGAAUUUAAAAAAUAUUCAUCAUGUGAUCAAAAAACUAUGCUAUAUAUAUUUUUAGCUAACGCUUAAACAUAUAACAAUUUAAAUUUCGUAUGUUAAAACACCUUAAAAUCAGUCAGUAAUAUUAAGUGAAUUAAAACCUCCUUUUUCAUAAAAGCAAUCAGACUAAAUGCACUCUUAAUUUAACUUAUGAAUAGAGCUGUAAAAUAUUAUUUCUUCAACGUAUAACAUUGUGUUUACUUCAAAGAAAUCUAUCUACCAUUUAACAUUCACUACAAUUUCACCACUAUUUUACAAACUACUUCUAAGACAUAACCGAUCUUGGAGCUCCGUAAAACAAGGAAUUGCAACCAAAGAUGUUAUAUGAUACUGCAUCUAGAUAUCACUAAUUAAUCUGAAACUUCAAAGCAAAAAUGCAUUUAACAUCAGCCGCAUUCGUUUUAAGUAACUUGCCUGUGGAAAAAAAGGUACAGAACAUCUUUCUAAAUGAUUUGGGAUCUUAGAAAAAAAACUUUGCAAAUUGUGCGUCCACGAAUCUAAACCGGAUUAGUGUUUUUAUUUUUUUCCCCAAGCUUGAAAUAAUAUCCUUACAGUUUUAUACGUGUAUUAUUUUUUUAUAUAUAUAUAUAUAUAUAUUGUUAAUACGAUAGCGUCAAGCUCGUUGCAAACUACUUUCGGUCUAAGGAUAUGAAAACGGUUGUGAGAACGCGCGUUUUCUUAGUGGUGUUUGUGAUUGCAAUUGAGAUGUUUCUAUGUUUUAAAUUCCUUAACCUGUAGUUCGCGACUUAUAUGACAGUACGGCAGACUAUCAAAAAAAUAGGCACUUUUGUACCUUGAGAAGUUCCAGCUUAGGCAUUGUGAAUAAACAUACCCUUAUAUAUUCGAUUAUAUCUUAGCAUUACGAAUAACAUAAGUUGUACCUAAUAUUUACUUCAUUGUAACCUCAUUUAAAUAGAAUCCAAAACUGUACAUAAGCAUUGUACAAAUAAUAAGAAUGUAUGUAACAAAUAAUAUUUAUAUUUGCAUUUGUUAUAUCACUUACAACACGUUAAUAAUAAAAAUAAUUGUAAGUAUGAAUUCUGGUGGCAUGUAAAUAAUGCAUGUAGGCUAUGAGUGCCAUUAAAGUUAUUGAUUUUCUUUCAUACAUCGAAUAUUACCUGUAUUAAGAAUAAGGUGAAGUGUGUACAGAAAUUAAGUAGUAGUAUGUCUUGUAAGUCUUGUUUAUUUUAGAUAAUAAUGUAUUGAAUGUAUGCUUAAUUUCAAAUUGAAUUAUAGGUUAUUAUAAUAA